AUGGUUUUUGUACGAUUUUAAAAUUUGCGUCUACCGUUAGGUGGUUACCUCUCAUGUUACCCAUUACCCAGUACUGUAUUCAUGUGUACUCGUAUCAGCUAUCGUGCUCUGUACAACCAAGUACACCGUGUGCAAUGUCAUUAUUCGUGAUUUUGUUUUCAUCGAGUUAACAAAUUUAUUUUUAAAAAGAAAAAUUCCGUUUCAAUUGUUAUACUUGUUCAAUUGUACUCGAUAUACAUUAACGAAUAUUUCAUUACAUCUCAUCCAAAAAGGUCUAUUCAGUUGGUACAUAAAUGAUACCAAGACUCAUAUUUAGACCUCUAUUUUUAAGAAAAAUAUUUUUAAAAUUGUAUAUGCAGCUUUAAUACCUCAUGUUUUGAGGUAUAUUCUUUAAAUCAUUCAAGUUGUUGGACCUAUUAUGGAUCAUCUUAUUGUGUGUACAAGAAAGCUGUCUUUCAAUCGUCAAGAAAAUAUUGGUUGUUUUGGAAACAUAGAACCAUAUUCAUGUGAUGGUCAAGUAGAAACAAAUUUCAAAUUUCCGUCACCACCACACCUAUCCAAUAGGCACUACAUUUCACCAAAAGAACAUCUACCUCAAAAUAAUACUACAUCAUCUUCAUACUCGCACAGUGAUUCAGAUUCUGCAUCAGACUCUGAUUCAAUAUAUUCAAAUUCUGAUGUAUAUGAGCAAGAAUGCCCUCGAUAUGAUAAUCAGUUGUUACCAUAUAAAAAAAAUAAAAAGUCUGCCAAUAGAUUUCGUUCUUCAUAUAAUUCCCGUGGAUAUUCAACAAAUUCUAUUCCUUAUAAACAUAAACAUUCAUUUGCUCAUUAUUUGCCUCCAAUUGGUGUUUUUUGGGACAUAGAAAACUGUCAAGUUCCUAAAGGAAGGUCUGCAGUAGCUGUGGCCCAAGCAAUAAGAGAUAGAUUUUUUAUUGGUUAUCGAGAAGCUGAGUUUCUUGUUGUCUGCGAUGUUAAAAAAGAAAAUGCACAAGUUGUUCAAGAACUAAAUGAUGCUCAAGUCAAUUUAAUUCAUGUAACAUCUGUAUGCAAAAACGCAGCUGAUGAGAAACUUCGUUUAUCAAUGAGAAGAUUUGCUGAUUUACAUGGUUCUCCUGCAGCUGUAGUUUUAGUUUCUGGCGAUGUGAAUUUUGCAUCUGACCUUUGUGAUAUUAGACAUAGAAAAAAAAUGCAUGUAAUAUUAUUACAUAAUGAACUUUGUUCUGAAAGUCUCAUUUUGUGUGCCAAUGAACAUUACAAUUACACACAUUUAGUUGAAAUGUUACCAUUAAGAAAUGCUCUUCGGCAAUGUGGAAAUACACCUGUCGAAGUUAUUGUAUCCAAUUUACCGGGUGGCAUUGAUCCGGCCAAAAUUAGAAAUCGUUUAAAGAGAUUAUCUGAAAAUUGUGGUGGACGUGUUGGAGUAAUAAAUAAUUGUUCAACCACAAUUAGAUUUCCCACCAAAGAAAUGGCUGCAAGAGCUCAGAAACGAAUGAAUAAAGAGCGCGUGUUUAAUAGUCAAAUUGUUGUUAGUUUACCAUUUGCUGUUAAAGAAGAAUCACCACCUACUAGUUUUAUAAGUAGACCUGUAGUACAGACAAGAGAAGAAAAUAUACAACAUAUAGCUACUACCAUUCAGUAUUCUUCAAAUAAUAUGCAUUCAAGGUUCAAUAUAAAUCCUGUUAAUCCUCCUGCUACAUUUGAAAACCAAACAUUUGGUUUGUAUGGUCAACAAGUUAAAGGUGGUUUUGGAAUGUCUCAGAUGAACACUGGUGUAGAUAACUCAAUGAGAAACCAUAACCCUUGGUUAACAUCUAAUUCUGUAGGUAUACAAACAUGGUUGAAUGGACCUCAGAUCCCUAUAAAUGGAGCUAGAGGAAGUUCAAUUAACUAUAAUAAUGGAGGAAGACCAAUAUCUGGUAUUAGAGAUAACCAGGAUCAAUUAUGUGUUACCAGUCAAACCCAAAAUUCUACUACACAGCCCCUUCCUUUAAAACAAAGUGAAAAUUGGAUGCGGCAUGGAUAUCCAGCAGCAAUGAAUAAUGGUGCUCCUAUAACAAUUUUAAAAAGAGGACCAAGUGGAUUAUCACAAACUGAUUCUCAAAGAAAUACAAGGCCUAUUUCAAAUGGUGGUCCUCCAUCAUACAUGAUGUUUGGUGUUAAUACUUCAAUUCCACCUCCUCCAAUUAUCAAUGUUCCUAGAAGAGUAAGUCCACCAACUUUAGUGGAGAAUACAAAUCCUGAUCGAUACUUUCAUCCUAUAUCUCCAUCUUAUAACAAUUUACCAACAAAUCAGAACCCAGUACUUGUAACUCAACAAAGUAAUCCAGUUGACUUGCAUGUUACUAAUUUAGAUCAGAACAUUGAUUCUGUUGAGAUGAAAAAUAUAUUAAUUAACACAUUCAGAGAACAUGUUAUGGUGUUACACGUGUCAGUCUUUUAUCAGUCCGAUGGUAACUUUGCAGCAGCUGUUCGAGUAUCUAGUCAGCAAGAUGCACAGUAUGCUAUUUCUAAGCUUCACAGGCGCAAAAUUGGAUUUAAAAGAAUUAUGAUUGCCUAUGCACAUUCUGGUUAUCCUCAAAAUCCUACACUGCUUAGAUCUCAAAUAGCUUAUAUACUGAUGGAAGUUCCUGGACAGCGUUUACCUUUAUUCAAAUUUCGUGAAAUGUAUGAAAAUCGUUUCAUGACUUCUGUAUCUGUAUCAGAUCUAUAUAAAAUGAAAGAUGUAUGUUUAAUAAGUGAAGAACCAAAUCAUAGAAUUAUUAGUUUAAAUCCUGAACAUCGUAAUACCCCAUCACCCCUUCUUCAACCUUCUAUGCCUAUGUCUCAUUUAGAUAAAAGUGAUGCAAUUUCGUACUGUCCAUCCCAUGCCAAAAUGACAAAACCAACUGAUGAUAAAGGCUGGGCUGAAUUGGAAAUGCCUGCGUUACCAUAUGUGAAAGUUUCACUAAAUGAAUUUUCCACGCGUUUACAUUCAUUGAUAUCAUCCCAUAAUAAUUAUUUAAUUUUAGCGACUAUUUGUGAUUGUUAUGAAGCUGCAUUUUAUGAACAAAUACAGACAGAUGAUGCUGGAGUUCCUUUAGAACAUAUUGUGACUGCUGUUAAUGGUGUUGAACUUCUUCAGAGCUGUAGUGUUGGUGUUAAAUAUUUGACAACGUCUUCAACUUCAGAUGUUGGAAAUAUGUCCACUAGAUCUUCAACCCUUGAAUCUGAUACUAAAUCAGAAGCUAGUGUAAGUGGUGUGAAAAGUAUUAGUCCACCAUUAGCCAAUAAUAUGGCUUUAUUGAGUCGCGAACUGGUUGAUUUAUUAAAAACUUGUACUCAUUGUACAAUGUCAUUCAAUCGUUUUAUACCAGCUUAUCAUCAUCAUUUUGGCCGUCAGUGUCGGGUUGCUGAUUAUGGGUUUACCAAACUGAUUGAUUUAUUAGAAGCAUUACCCAAUAUUGUACAGGUUUUUGGAGAGGGCAAUAAACGUUUUAUUACAUUAGCACAUAAAGCUCAAAUGCGGAGGUUUACAUCAGAUUUAUUGCGAGUUCUCAAAUCUGUAGCAAGCAAACAAGUGCCCAUUUUAGAAUUUGCUACACUUUUCGAAAAGACAUUAGGCCGUGUGUUUGAUCCAGUAGAUUAUGGACUUUGUUCUCUUGAUGAUUUAUUAUCACAAGUAUCCGAAAAUACAGUAGUCAUUGGUCAUCUAGAUGGACAAAAAUCAGUAGCAAUUCCUAAGCGAGAGCAAACUCCUGAAGAAAUUGAACGUACUAAAGCCUUUUCAAAAGAAGUAAUAGAGUUAUUAAGUCAUGCUCCACAGUGUAGUUUAUUAUUUAAUAAGUUCAUUCCUUCUUAUCAUCAUCAUUUCGGCCAUCAAUGUAAAGUUGCUGAUUUUGGAUUUACCAAGUUGAUUGAGUUAUUUGAAGCAAUACCACAUAUUGUUAAGAUUGAAGAUGAUUUGGAAGGAGAACGUCGUGUUUCAUUAACAACUGAAGUAAAGCAAAAUGUUCUUGGUGAGCAACUAGCUGCAUUGGCCAUUUAUCCACUACAAAUUAGUCAGCUACAAAAUGCUUUCUUGUGGCAGUAUGGUUAUGGUCUCAAACCAUCAAUGUAUGAAUGUGAAACAUUAAUGGAGUUAUUACAAAAACUUGAUGAUGCUGUAAAGGUUGUUGAUAAUCAUGGUGAGCUAUUUUUGAUCGCAGUAGACCGUAAAGAGGCUCAUAGGUUGUCUUUAAAAGUAAGACGAGUAUUAAUGGAACAUUCAUCCAAUGAUAAAAUGUCUGUUUUACAAUUUCAAUCUGUAUACCACACAAUGUUUGGUGAAUCUAUAACUAUAGAAACAAUCCAAGAGAAACUUAGUGAAACAGUAAAUAUUAUUAAAACUAAAUUUGGUGAGGAAUAUAUCCAAUUAACAACACUGCAAUUAUUUGCUCAAAAUAUGUAUCGUCUACUAUUAUUGUCUGAUGGUCGAUUAUUGUUUUCAUCUCUUGAAGCUGCCUACCUACGUUUAUUUGGAACUGCCAUUCAGCCUGCUGUUUAUGGAUAUCAAUCUGUAAUAGCAUUGUUAACUAGUAUUUCACACACUGUACUUAUUGUAAACAAACCACCAAAACGUUAUAUUGAACUCAAUAAAGAACUUGCAAGCGUAGGUAUUCGUGUACCAAAUACUAUUAUGAAAACACCCAAGCUUGAUGAAUUAGAAAAUAAUCAAUCUAUGAUAUGCACAAAAAUCCAUGAAGAAAGUUAUAACGAAACCAAUGCAUAUCUGUUAGAUGAGAAUAAUAAGACGCCUAUAGUAAAACUUCCUGAUUUGAAGUUGCAUCCAAAUAUAUUUAAUAUGAGCCCUAUGUCAUUGGUUAAUUGUUCUUCACCACAAGCACCUCAUCCAUCACAGGUGCCUAUGCCUACUGAACUGUGUCCACCAUUUGGCGAUAAGUUCAAACCAAUCACUACAAUCAACAAUAACAAUCAAUACAAUAACAAUCAGUUCUGUUGUCCUAUGAUAAGUAACACACAGUCUAAUGAUCAAAGUAAUCAAUGCUUAGUUCAACUAAAUGACCGUUUUCAUUUAUAAAAAUUUGGUCACUUUGAAUAAUGCUCUGUAUUUUUUAUAAAUGAAAGACUUAAAUAA